CUGCUAACAGAACCUCCCCUACAGGCUACAGCCCUACUCCCGCCUAGGGUUGGAAGCUUCUGUAUGGCCACCUCGGCGGUCGUGGCCCGCCUCGCUGGCGAGGCCUCGCGGCCCAAGGUCCUAGCCUCCGCAAAUGGACUCUCAUCCUCGCGGUCGCGGGUAGCCGUUAAGCGCCGCUGGCGGGGCCGAGGCGUCCGGUGCUGCGCGGCUGGUAGCUCCGGUGGGGGCGCCGGCGCCGGCGCCGUGGUCCCCGGGGAGGAGUUUGUGGGGUUCUUCCGAGAGGCGUGGCCGUACAUCCGGGGCCACCGUGGGAGCACCUUCGUGGUCGUCAUGUCCAGCGAGGUAGUGUCCGGGCCGCACUUCGACCGCGUUCUGCAGGACAUAUCACUUCUCCAUGGUCUGGGGAUUAAAUUUAUUCUUGUUCCAGGAACACAUGUCCAAAUUGAUAAGCUGUUAUCAGAAAGAGGGAAGAAGGCCAAGUAUGUUGGUCAGUACAGAAUUACUGAUAAAGAUUCGAGAGAUGCUGCAAUGGAUGCAGCUGGUAGGAUACGGUUGACAAUAGAAGCUAAACUUUCUCCUGGUCCUCCAAUGUUAAAUCUCCGUAGGCAUGGUGUUAUUGGACGUUGGCAUGGUCUUGUGGAUAACAUUGCAAGUGGAAACUUCCUUGGUGCUAAGAGAAGAGGAGUGGUUAAUGGAAUUGACUACGGAUUCACUGGUGAAGUUACGAAAAUAGACGUUUCACGGAUAAGAGAAAGGCUUGAUAGUGAUAGCAUAGUUGUUGUCAGCAACAUGGGAUACUCAAGUUCAGGAGAAGUGUUAAAUUGCAACACCUACGAGGUUGCUACUGCAUGCGCUUUAGCCAUGGAGGCAGAUAAACUUAUCUGCAUUGUAGAUGGUCAGAUAUUUGAUGAGCAUGGACGAGUCAUUCAUUAUAUGUCUAUUGAGGAGGCAGAUUUGUUGAUUAGAAAGCGUGCUAAGCAAAGUGAUAUCGCUGCAAGUUAUGUCAAGGUUGUGGAUGAGGAAGGCAUCAAUUCUCUGCAUAAAGGGGACAACGGAUCAUCAUUGAGUGCCAAGGCUCAUAUAAAUGGGUAUGCUGCUUCUUUUCAAAGCGGAUUGGGUUUUAACAAUGGAAACAGUGUUUAUUCUGGUGAGCAAGGGUUUGCUAUUGGUGGUGAAGAGCGGUUAAGCGGAUCAAAUGCUGCUUCUUUUCAAAAUGGAUUGGGUUUUAACAACGGAAAUGGUUUUUAUUCUGGUGAGCAAGGGUUUGCUAUUGGUGGUGAAGAGCGGUUAAGCAGAUCAAAUGGCUAUAUUUCUGAGUUAGCUGCGGCAGCAUAUGUGUGCCAUGGUGGCGUUCAAAGAGUUCAUGUUAUAGAUGGAUCUGUAGAUGGAUCACUGCUAUUAGAAUUGUUUACGAGAGAUGGAUCAGGAACAAUGAUAGCUAGGGAUGUUUACGAAGGAACAAGGAUGGCUAUAGCGGAAGAUCUUCCUGGCAUAAGAAAAAUUAUUCGGCCGCUGGAGGAUUCUGGCGUUUUGGUGCGCAGAACAGAUGCAGAGCUUCUUGAAGCGUUAGAAUCAUUUUAUGUUGUUGAAAGAGAUGGUUCAAUCAUCGCUUGUGCUGCUCUAUUUCCAUUUCCCGAGGAAAAAUCUGGUGAAGUUGCUGCAAUUGCUGUAUCUGAAGAAUGUCGAGGAAGAGGUCAGGGGGACAAGUUACUUGAUUACGUCGAGAAGGUGGCAUUAUCCCUUGGUCUCGAGAAACUAUUCUUGCUUACUACACGAACUGCAGACUGGUUUGUGCGGCGUGGCUUUUCAGAGUGCUCAAUUGAAUCUAUCCCCGAGCAGAGGAGAAAACGUAUCAAUUUGUCCCGUGGAUCCAAGUAUUAUAUAAAGCAGCUGCAGCCAAAGCCUGCUGGGGUUAACGCGAACAAUUUUGUCAUCAGAUGACUCAGCACGCACGGAGCUUGGUGCCACUUAAGAAGAUAGCUAAGAUCACACCAAUUUUGCGCUUGCCCAAAGGCAUAAUUUCACAAAGAAUCAAAACACCAUCUUUGUUUAAGUAUGUGAAGGAAGUUUGUUUCACCAAUGGAAUCAAGGCAGAGAACAAACAGCUGAUCGAAUUAUAUGUAAACCCUAUUAACAAGCAAUACCAAAUAGAGGCAUGCAGUCAGAACUUACCUUUUCCACUUUUAUUGAGAGAAAAAAUAACUAGUGAAACCAUUGGUUCUAUAUUGUAUCCAUAGGUGCCAAAGUACCCGCGAAAACAAAGAAUAGAAGAUAGGUUGCCUUUUUUUUUUCCCGUGUGUGUGGGUCUGCAAAAAGGAGGCGGCUUUGUUAUCCGCCAGCUGGACUGACAGGUUUUCUAGUUUUGCUGCCAACCAAGAGUUUGGUUUUCUUUAAUUAUAAGCUUCAAAAGUGGAACUACUUAUUCUGAUAAUGACUUUGUUCUGCUGAGAUCAAAGGCAAGGCUUUUCUA